AUGCGGAUGGGAGCCUACCGCGAUGAACGCCCCGGGAUCUUCAUCGCCUACGGGAAUCUUCUCAACAGCCAGCGCAUGAAGGCCUUAGCGCCUCUCUCCACGCUUACUGUCAUCGACCUGAUCUCCUUGGAUGAGUGUGUGCUCAAUACCGUAUCGGAAACUGAAAUGCAACGGUGCAUGGACCUCUUCUCAGCUGGGUGUGCCUACAUCGGACUGACCGUCAUCACGGACAAAACGGUGGUCAUGCACCAACCGCCACCGAACGCUGCAUACAGUGUUCUUCGCGUCCACUUCAACGGCACCCAACUGCAGACCAUGGACAACUUUGUCCACUUAGGCAGCACACUCGCACGCUGCACCAAGACCAACGAUGAAGUGGCCCACCGGAUCUGCAAAACUCCGUACGGGAUAGCUAUGGCCUCAAGGUCAGCACCAUCCUCGAAAUGUGCAGAGAUGUCAUCGUGAAGUCGUUGCUGCAUGCUGUUGUGACCAGGACGGUCUACAAGAGACAAGGGCGGAAACUCAGUCACUUCCAUCUCAGUUGUCUUCGCCGAAUACUCAAGUUAAGGUGGCAGCUCAGGAUUCCGGACACAGAUUUUCUGGAACGGACUGAAAUCCUUAGCAUUCAGCCCAUACUGAGACAAAUGUAACUACGAUGGAGAGUCCAUCACUUGAGGAUAGAUGAUGAGCGCCAACCAAAAACUCUUCUACGAAGAUGACUCCAUGGCUGAUCAUCGACAAGGAAAUCAAAUCUGUCGCUACAAGGACACUUUGAAAAAUUCCUCGAAGCGGCUGCAAAUUAACUCAAAGCCUUAGGAAGACUUCCCACAGAACUGAUUGGCCCGAAGAAGAGUGGUGAAGACUAGAACAGCAAUCAUUGAAGCCAACUGGAUCGCCGCUGCCAAAGCCAAAAGGGGAGUUCGCAAGUCCUAGGCGCCCCUGACGUGCAGCAUCGACGUCCAACCCCUCCCGACAUGCUCACGAUGUCAACAAACAUUCCCCACACGGAUCGGCCUUGCUGGAUAUCUCCGGACCCAGUGCACCAACCACCCGCCAAUUCCGUCUUCUGCCUCCGCGUCUGCACCUCCUCCAACACCCACGACGUCCCUGAUGACACCCACUCUCACCAACGCUGCUCCGAAUCCCCGUACCCUGCCUCCCACGACCAUAGCCACCUCCAUCAUCCCUUCCAAAACCUUCUCGGCGACGACCACCACUACUACCUCUGUUAUCGACCGAAACGCUCUCACAACCCCGUCAACCACCACCCCCACCAUCGCAAUCAGCACCUUCAGCUAUUUGGACUCGGUCUCACUUUGUUCUAA